CCGCGACCUCAUGUGAGACACCUCCUGCGCGAGCCACUCUCCGACGUUACCUCUGCAGAGGAAAACGCAAUGGAUCCCUGAACAUUAUUUUUUUGUUUUGAUUUAAAACUUCCACCUCCUUUCAGUCGCGGUGAACUGAAUUCGCGCCCGGAAAGCUGCUUUAUCUGACAUUUGUUUAAGGCGUAACAGGGCGGUGCAGCAGCGAUGUGGAUCCAGGUUCGCACUAUAGACGGGAAGGAGACUCGAACCGUGGAGGAUCUUUCUAGAUUGACCAAAAUUGAGUCUUUACGGUUGAAAAUACAGGAAAUCUUCAAUGUGAGCCCACAGCAGCAGCGCCUCUUCUACCGAGGGAAGCAGAUGGAAGAUGGACAGACACUGUUUGACUACAACGUGGGCCUUAAUGACAUCGUUCAGCUGCUGAUUCGCUCUCAAACCGACCCACCGGACAGCCCCUCCACCAAGGACUUGGCGGGGGGAGUCGAACUGCAGGCGACACCCGAGUCGGAAAGCCAUAACACCCCAGCUCCCAUCUCUGCGGACGACAUGGAAACCAACGCCAGUAAAGACAAUGACAGCAGCAGCACCAACACCAGCACUGUUCAUGCAACCAAGCCAGACACCAGCGCUACCAGUAACUCAAGCAGUACCAAAAAUGGGUUCAAGUCCUCCAGUACGGCGUGGGACAUGCAGCCUCCCGUGUCCAGCAGAAACACACUCAUUGACCCGGGAAUCGGCGUGUUCAUGAUUAACGAGCUGGUGGACUGCAGAGACGUCAGCAUCGGUGCCUGGUUUGAGGCCUGCAUCGAAAAUGUGACAAAGCCUCCCAAAGGACAGAUAACACCCACCAAGGGCAAGGUGGGCCGGCCUUCAAAAAGGACUAAUGGAAAACUGGAGGCUGAACAGGGACAGGCCCACAGCCAGGGCCAAAACACAGACAGUAACAGGAAUAACGUUGUGUUAAACUCGGACAGUAAUGGAGCCUCCACCUCCCAGACAGACUCCACAGCUGCUUCAGAGAGCAAGGAGAGAGAAGAGGAUGUAAUAUACCACAUUAAAUACGACGACUAUCCGGAGAACGGCGUGGUGGAGAUGCGAUUGGCAGACGUGCGGCCUCGUGCCCGGACCCUGCUGCGGUGGGACCAGCUCGAGGUGGGCCUGCGUGUCAUGGUCAACUACAAUAUGGAGACACCAGAGGAGAGGGGCUUCUGGUUCGACGCCGAGAUCCAAACGAUCAACCAAGCCUCUCGCACCAACAAGGAGCUCCGAGUCAAGAUCCUCCUCGGGGGUCCUGGAGAUAUUAUUGGGGACUGUAAGGUUCACUUUCUGGAUGAAGUCUACCAGUUGGAGAAACCAGGAGCUCGUGCCCUCUCGGCUGCAGACGGACAAUUCAAACGGAAGAGUGGGCCAGAGUGCAAACACUGCAAGGCGGAUCCCGAUGCCGAGUGCCGCUUCUGCUCCUGCUGCGUGUGCGGCGGGAAGCAGGACGCUCACAUGCAGCUGCUGUGUGACGAGUGCAACAUGGCAUUUCACAUCUACUGCCUCAACCCACCGCUGGCCACCAUCCCAGACGACGAGGACUGGUACUGUCCCACCUGUAAAAAUGACACCAGUGAGGUUGUGAAAGCGGGAGAGAAGCUCAAAGCCAGCAAGAAGAAAGCCAAGAUGCCUUCGGCAACGACUGAGAGUCAGAGGGACUGGGGAAAGGGUAUGGCUUGUGUGGGUCGCACUAAAGAAUGCACAAUUGUUCCUUCAAACCACUAUGGACCCAUACCUGGUGUUCCUGUUGGAACCACCUGGAAGUUCAGAGUACAGGUGAGCGAAGCAGGUGUUCACAGGCCACAUGUCGGCGGAAUCCAUGGGCGCAGUAACGACGGCUCCUACUCUCUGGUGUUGGCCGGAGGCUUUGAGGAUGAAGUGGACCGGGGAGAUGAGUUCACCUACACGGGCAGUGGGGGUCGCGAUCUCUCAGGAAAUAAGCGGAUUGGAGAGCACUCAUUUGACCAGACCCUGACACACAUGAACAGGGCUUUGGCCUUAAACUGCGAUGCACCUCUGAAUGACAAAGACGGGGCAGAGUCCAGGAAUUGGCGAGCAGGGAAGCCGGUGAGAGUCGUGCGCAGCUCCAAAGGUCGACGUAUCAGCAAAUAUGCGCCUGAGGAGGGAAACCGCUACGACGGUAUUUACAAGGUGGUUAAGUACUGGCCAGAGAUUGGAAAGUGUGGAUACUUGGUGUGGCGAUACCUGCUGAGACGAGAUGAUGUGGAACCAGCACCGUGGACACCUGAGGGACAAGAGAGGAUCCAUAAACUGGGCCUCACUGUUCAGUACCCGCCGGGCUACUUGGCAGCCAUGGCUAACAAAACAAAGAAGGAGGCCUGUGCUAGGCCCGGUCGCGGCGGCCGGAGCAAGCACUAUACUGCGAGGGGAAGGCCGCGGAGACGUAAGAUCAAAGAGAAGGAGGAGAUGGAUGAGGAAGAGGAGGAGGACAUGCUGCCCGAGGCCAGUAUGGUGGAAGAGGACGAGCCGCAGAGUAACGGGGAGCAGAAGACGAGCAGAGAAAGUGAGUCGUCACCGGCACCAGAGCCUCCUUCUAAACGGGUGAAGGUGGAAGAGACCUUCAAGCUCUCGGAGCAGCAGCAGCAGUUGAUCACAGAGGACACGGCCAACAAGAAACUCUGGGAUGAAGCCAUGGAACACCUUAAAGAGGGACCGAAUUUCCUUCGCAAGAUGGAGCAGAUAUUCAUGUGCGUGUGCUGCCAGGAGCUGGCCUUUCAGCCCAUCACCACUGUCUGCACACACAACGUCUGCAAGACGUGUCUCCAGCGGUCGUUUCGUGCUCAGGUGUACACCUGCCCCGCCUGCCGCCACGACCUGGGCAAAGACUUCAUCAUGACCCAAAACAAGGUGCUUCAGGUGCUGCUUGACCAGUUCUUUCCGGGCUACAGCAAGGGCCGAUGAGAUCCAAAUCACACGUACCAGUAGAAUAUACGUACAUUAACGCACACAAGCAUCCGUUCAGUGCACCAGUGCAGUGUACCUAGAGCUCCACUUUUAAAAGCAUUGCGCACACUUACUGUACUUACCCACGGGCAAAUGUAUAUUGCAUAUACAACCAUAAACGUAUACAAUCAUUCAUACACAAACAACCUCAGUAGGGACUGACCUUAUCUGUUGAACGGGGACUGUUUUCCAUUAACAUCACCAGCCUGAAAUUCAACCAAGGACAUUUUUAUCCUUCUUACUCCUGCCACAAAAACGCACAAAAGAAAUCCCCAACUCAUGCACUCACUCGUCACCUGACUAUCUUAGCUCAUUUUGUAGUUUUUCCCUUCCACUGUUCAGUCCACUGGUUACAUAUAUAUAUAUAUAUAUAUAUAUAUAUAUAUAUACACAGUAUAUAUGCACGUUUUUAGAGUGCAUAUAUCUCCUUGAGCAAUACCAUGAAAGCGGCCAUUAUAUUCCUGCCAACCUGUUUGCAUUUUGUGUACCAUUUAUACAGUUUUACAUGCGUUUUAAGGUGCUACAUUAAUCCGGUGAUGUAGUGCGCUGGUUAUGUGACUGGGCUCAGAGUUACACCAAGGUAGAAAGAUCAGAAUUCACAUGCAUUUACCAGUAAAAUCAUGGAAAAUCCAGCACUCUGUUGUUUUUUUCACCUUGGAGCACUUUAUCCCUGACAUCAGGAGUAUACGUUAGCAGCACGCUAGCUCUUCAUGUGUCAUCGGGAUACUGCCAUUUCCAUUCAAAUUAGCGAAUCUCUCAUCAGGGUUCAAAUUUGAGAGCACUUAACACGGAGCCAACAUUCAGUAUUUAGCAAACGUUACGAUACCUCUGUCCUUCCAUUUUACGUGGAACAAAAACAAGGCAUUGAUUUCUUGAACGCGCCAAAGACCUGAAGGCUGUGGAACAGACCAGGUGCAAAAAAGAAAUUUUCUCUCUCUCUCUUCUUUAAAAAAGAAUUUUCUUAUGAAUGUACAAAGAUAAACAAGCACACAUUUAAUGAAUCUGCCCAGAAGUGCUAUUAAAACCUCUAACAUUGUUACAAAAAUUGUCCAUGAACCCUAAUUUCACCCCCUUUUUUGUGUGGAUUCACCUUUUUUUGAAAAAAAUUGUGGUGUUGCCCAGCAACUGCAGUCAAACAGAACUUUUCGCAAAGAUAUUCAUCUGCUAUAGUUCCUUCUCUGUUAGACAUUUGGAGCGCUGGGUCUCCGGCAUGACCUGGUUCUUCUUCUUUAUUAGAAUGAAAAUGUGAGUGGGUGAUCGCUCGACCAUUAUGAGUCGUUCACGUCCAUAAAAUAGAGCUCUCACAGUUUGUCAUAAGUGAGACUGAAAGUAGGGCCACUCGCUUCUAAGAGCCUUUGGCGUGGAUCUACAGUCAAUCGGGAAGUUCCUUCUUCCCACUUAUUUUAUAACAUAUUCCUGAGUAGUUUCAGGUCUUCUUCCUAAGCACAUGACUUCAAUUUUAUAAAUUAUGUUCCCAUUUUGAGGAAAACAAAACCAAUGAAGUACAGCACACAUGAGCGGACACCAGUGUGAUUGACGGCUGGGAGCCUGGAGCAAAUUGAUUUGAAAAUGGAUCGUUAAAUCAAUGUUAUUUCACACGCAGAUUUAUUACGCUACAAGUUUUAACAGAGAUUCAAGACUAUGUCCUUUUGUUGGAAGCCGUUUUUGUCCUGAACGAGGCACAUUUUUCUAGUUAUUAUAUUCCUUUUGUGAUAGGUUCUUAUCUAUUGGAUUCAAACUGACCAGUGAAAACCAUGACCUCCGUUCACUUUUUAGAUAUGCACUUGAAAUCUUUUACAUAAACGCGUAAAAAAAAAACUGCACCUCCACAACAAGGGAGCAUCACUGUCAAAAUUUUCCACAUUAUCCUACCUUCCCUUCCCCCCUACUUUUCACAUUAUGAUGUGCUUCUACUGCCUGUGUAGUGAUGCAUUCAUUAUACAGCCUCUCUCUAUUCUGUCAGAGUUGAAAAUGUGUUAAUGAACACAGAUUUGCAGGGUUUUCCCAUUGCUGGUGUGGUACUUACAAAAUGCCCAGGGUUGGCAGGUCUAAUGGGAGCUAAAACAAAUAUGAAAACAUCCCAUGGAGAGCACGUAGCAGCACAGUCUCUGCGCUAAUGUGUGGCCUGGGCAGAGGCUGACACAGACACCAUAAAAAAUGUCGUUCCAACACUUGAGUUGAUUUUUUCUGGGGGAUGCGUCGUCGUCGUCGUUCACUUGUUCACCUGUAACAGCGUUUAAGGCAAAGCCAUGUAUUUUUUUUUUUCUGCAGAGCCGAGACAACGACGGUGGGGGCCGUUUGUUUGUUUGUGGUCCUUGUUUCUGUUCAUUCAUUCAGGACUUUUUUUUUGUUUUUUUAAAUCAACAACAUGCAAGUUCAAAAUGCUAGUAAGAUCUCUAAAGGUAAAUGUGAUGUGCAUUACUUCCACUGUUGCAUAAUCUUGUACAAAGAUUAUUUUCUUCUUGCAUUGACUGGCUAAAAAAUUAAAAAAAAAAAAAAGAAGCGAAUAGCUCUCCUUCCUUCCUUCCUUCCUCUGCUGUGACCUUUGCUCCUCCUCUCCUCUCUGCUGUCUUCUGCUCUCCGUGAAUUUACAGUACUAACACUUGUUAGACGUCUUGUGGACGCUUGGCUUCUGUGCUGUGUUCUCUUUUCUUUUUUCUUUUUUUUUAUUGCACUCUACUAAGGAAAAAAAGUUUGAGAAGUCACAUUUUUACUUUUCUUAGAAAGCGUACUAUUUUCUGUGUCUGUGCACCAUUUUUUUUUCUACCAGUUUAGUUGCUUCUCCUCUGUUUUAAUCAUUUGUUGUUGUUUUUUUAUGCGGCAAACUCGACACAUUGCAGCAGCCUGAGGGGUUCCAUUGCUUCAUAUUGUGAUCUGAAAUUUUAUACAUGUCAUAACAAUACUUGAUAUGUACCUAUUAAAUAUUUGGAUUCCAAAAAAAAAGAAAGUUUCUCUCCUUCUGUGUCCUGUAUUUGUAUUUUACUGACUUAAUGAGGAAGAAGAUGAUAGUUAUAGUUACAUUCACUUACACGACUGUUUUGCUAUGUUGUUCAUUUUAAUGGAAAAUGAAGAAAACCUUCAAAACCUCCAAA